AUCCCUUGGAUGUCAGUGAUGUCUUUGCAAUUCUUUGGAACAUCUCUGGAAAUGAAGUGAGAAUAACACACAGGGUGAAAGGAGGAGACAAACCCAGAGGAGACCUCCAACAGAUGGCUGAUGGUUGACUCAGGGAUAUGCUUUCAGUUCGGGAUGGAAGGUGUUUUUGAUCAGGGGAGCACCAGGAGGUGGAGGUAAUGUGUUUUUAGAUGAGAGACAACUCAGACGGUGCAUUUAAAGCCACAUUCUGAGGCGCCACAGGAAAAGCCAAUUCUCCAAUGGCUGGCGAAUUUGAAGACUGACACAAAGAGCAGCUCCACUCAGCCUACAGAUGAAUUUGGACUCCACCACACGUCCAGUACAAGGAGCAUACCCAGCAGACCCGCCCUGUGGAUUUCUCUUUCUUUCAUGUGGAUUUAUUGCGGACGCUAAAAAUGGACUCAGUUCUUCAAGUAUCGGCUGUCUAGUGAUAAUGCCAUCAGUCUGAGGAGAAAUGUCUGACCUUAAGAUGCAAACACCUGUCGGAAGAGGAUGCAUCAGAGACAGGUUUCCAAAAACUGCAACUAUGAACCGCAGACAGAAAGUCCCUGUCUGUUAUUUCUUCAUCUCUCUGUUAAUACUCCUUUUCUCACCUGCUCUGUCCAUUCAUAUGGAGGCCAUAGAGAGCCACAGUGAGUUUAGCUGUGAGCCCAUCAGACUGAGAAUGUGCCAGGAUCUGCCUUACAACACCACCUUUAUGCCCAAUCUCCUGAAUCACUAUGACCAGCAAACAGCCGCACUAGCCAUGGAGCCUUUUCAUCCGAUGGUAAACCUGGUGUGCAGCGCUGAUCUGAGGAUGUUCCUGUGUGCCCUGUACGCCCCAGUGUGUACUAAGUAUGGCCAGAUGUCCAUGCCAUGUCGAUCCAUCUGCCAGCGGGCCAAGGAUGAGUGUCAUAAACUCAUGGAGAUAUUUGGAGUAGCUUGGCCAGAUGACAUGGAGUGCAGCAGGUUCCCAGACUGUGAUGAACCCUAUCCUCGUCUUGAGGACCUGCAAACCAGCUCUGAACCCACUGACCAGUCAUCCAUGACCGUUCAGAGAGAUUAUGGUUUCUGGUGCCCCCGAGAGCUAAAGGUCGACCCAGACCUCGGUUACGCUUUCAUGGGCAGGAAAGACUGUUCUGCUCCGUGCCCCUCGAUGUUCUUCAACCAGCAGGAACUGACCUUCACUCGAUACUUUAUCGGAGUUGUCUCUAUUGUGUGUCUGUCGGCAACGCUCUUCACCUUCCUGACGUUCCUCAUUGAUGUUACAAGGUUCAGAUACCCUGAGCGACCAAUCAUCUUCUAUGCGGUGUGUUACGUCAUGGUGUCGCUGGUGUUCUUCCUGGGCUUCCUGUUGGAAGACAGGGUUGCUUGCAACGCAGUCAGCCCUGCUCAGUUCAGGGCUUCAACCAUAACACAGGGAUCACACAACAAGGCCUGCACCCUGUUCUUCAUGGUCCUGUAUUUCUUCACCAUGGCCGGCAGUGUGUGGUGGGUCAUACUGACAAUCACUUGGUUCUUGGCCGCGGUGCCUAAAUGGGGCAGCGAGGCCAUCGAGAAGAAAGCCCUCCUCUUCCAUGCCGUUGCCUGGGGCCUCCCAGGGGCCCUGACUGUCACCCUGUUGGCCCUGAAUAAAAUUGAGGGAGAUGGGAUCAGUGGAGUGUGUUUCAUAGGGCUGUAUGACAUAGACGCCCUGAGGUGGUUUGUUCUGGCACCACUCUGCCUCAAUGUGGCGGUUGGCGUCUCCCUGCUUUUAGUGGGAAUCGUCGCUUUGAACCGCGUGCGCAUGGAGAUCCCGCUGGAGAAGGAAAACCAGACCAAACUAGUGAAGUUCAUGAUUCGAAUGGGAGUGUUCUCUGUGCUCUACCUGGUCCCCUUGUUGACUGUGAUCGGGUGCUACAUGUACGAACACACCUACCGGAGCAUUUGGGAGACAACAUGGAUGGAGGAGAACUGCAAGCGCUAUCACAUCCCCUGUCCAUACAAGGUUGAGCAGACCAGCCGACCAGUCAUGGUUUUGUUCCUGAUCAAAUACCUGAUGAUGCUGGUGGUGGGGAUUCCCUCUGUUUUCUGGGUGGGCAGUAAGAAGACCUGCUUUGAGUGGGCCAGCUUCCUGCAUGGACGCAGACGCAAAGAUGGAGUGAAUGAGUCUCGCCAGGUGCUGCAAGAGCAACCAGACUUUGCCCAGUCUCUGCUGCGUGAACCCAACACCCCCAUCAUUAGAAAGUCCAGAGGGACAUCCACUCAGGGCACCUCCACCCACGCCUCCUCCACCCACUUGGCCGUUCUAGACGACCCUGAGGAGCCAGUCAGAACCCACCACGGACACCCCGCCUCCACCAGGAGCAAGGCCAGCAGCGCCCACAGCAAGGCCAGCUACCACGGCAGCCUGCGCCGCUCUCGAGACGACAGGAGCGACACCAUGGUUUACCGAGGUACAGAGGAGCGCAGUUUCCAUGGCAGCAUGCCACGACUGGACCACCCGCUCUCCACACACAGCAGCCUCCAUCAGCUCGACGGCCACUCAAGGCACAGCAGCCAGCGAGACGUGUCUGAAGCCCCGCCUACCCUCAUCACCCACGGAACCACAGCGAGCGACGGCCGAGUCGCCGAGAACGACGGCACCAGCGCCUGA